CUGCAAUGAUAGGACCUUUUGUUGUCCCUAAGCCUUGUAUUCCAAGCAUUCCAGCACCUUGCUAUUUUCCUCCAUGUUGUCCCGUCCCUUGUACACCAUGUCCACCUAAAUGUCCCCCUGUCGUUUGUCCUCCAAAAUGUCCCCCAAAAUGUCCUCCUCCUCCUUGUCCCUCUCCGAACCAAACAGCAUUAACUAGAACAACACAAUUUCAACUUCCAAGUGGAUCGUCAAAUGGUAAAAAUACUUUUUUGAACAGGAGCAAGCUUAAUUCAAUAUGUGCUUACAAUGUUGUUGGUACUAAACCAAAGUUGACAUUGGGCAAUGUAAAAGUUAUGAAAAAAUUCGAACCAAGAAAAAAUGCAGCAGACAAUAGCACUAAUGCAAAAAAAGGCAUAACGUGUGAAACAGUUGUAACUUCUAAAGGCCGUGUUACUGUGUGUAAAUGGGAUAAUGAAGAGCUAAAUGAUCCACAUGAUGAAGAAAAUUUGUAUAGCAACAAUCAUGUAAAAAAUUACAAAGUUCGGCCCAGUAAGUCAGACAGUAUGUUAGCACAAGCUAAAAAUCAUAAUUUCAAAUGUUUAACCUAUGAAAUAAAAGAUCCUAUAACUAAAAUAAACAAAAAAUCUAAAAUUUGUUUUGAAAACGGACAUGACAUUGUAAACUAUCUAUCUAAAGGGGUUCAAACUCAGUUAGUAUUACCUUUAAAAUUGACUAAAAAUUCCCCAGUGCACAAUGAGCCAAAACAUCGGUUCAGUUGUAAAAAUAAUAAGCCACAAAUAAAUAAAAAUACAUCCCCGAUACGUAAAUCCAUAGAGCCACAGAAAAAGGAGAAAACAUGGUAUUCACAUCACAGAAUGGAUUCAGUUGAAACUCAAACUAAUAGAUCCUACAAUCCACAAAAAAAUCGUUCUUUUCCACUACCAGCAAAAACAAUUAGGAAAAGAUAUAUCUAUGUACCUAAAUAUAUUCGUAACAAAGGAAAUUUAAAUGAAAUAAUGAACAUGGAAAACAAGUCACAUUCUUUGAAUUCUGACAAAAUGAAGCCGAAUGUAGACUACCUUACUGAUAUAAAUAAAAUCAACAUAGAUGGGAAUAUUGAAAGGAUACCUCGAACAGUGUCUACUGGAAUGAAUACUGACAUUUCUAAAAUAACACGAACUGUAUGCACAUACACCAAUGAGAAUGACUGUGCUAAUAAAAAAUCCUCUAAUCCUAGUGUAGGAUUGAAUUUAAGAGAAAGUAAUUCAGUUUACAAAAUAAAUAUCACAACAUCUGCUAUUAAAGAAAAGGAAUCAAAUAUUCCUGUAAAAAAAAACAAGAGUAGUAUGCAAAUGCAAAGAAUAAAUUCACAAAUGAACAAAGAGAAAGAAAAAUAUGUGGUUAAGAUGUGUGGUACUGAUCCUAUUACCAAGGUAUCGAAGGGCACCCAAAUGUAUUUUCAAAAAAUUGAUAAAGUUCCUAGUAAGACGUUAAUACCGAAUGUUGUUUUUGAACCACCGGCUGAACAAAGAGAAAAUGAAAAUCCUUUACUAAACACAAUCAAUGGAAUAAACAACUAUAUUUUAGAUUAUCUUAAACCUAAAGGAGUCAAUGAAAAUAAAGGAGAUCAAAAGUCUAGAAGUAAAUCGAUGCAUAAAAUACAAUUUGAAUGUUCGCUAAAUGACAGUGGCAAGCCGCAUUGUUAUGCUGUCCAUAGAAACCUAAGUCCAACUUCAGAAAUAACUCUUCCAUCUGUCGUUACUCCAGAACAUACAAUUAAAAAUCAAAUUAAUAAAAAUGAAGCCAAUAAAAAAUUUGGAAACAUCAUUUGCCAACAUUUUAUACAUAAAGACCUAAAUGAGAAUUUUAUUCAUCCAAAUAGCAAUGAAAACAUCGUUAAUCUAAUUAAUGAUCUCAACACUAGAAAAGACUCUAAGAAAAGUUUAAAAGAUGACGUUUUGUUAGAAACAAAUAUUAUUGAUGGCAAAAAAGAUGACGUUUUGUUAGAAACAAAUACUAUUGAUGGCAAAAAAGAUGACGUUUUGUUAGAAACAAAUACUACUGAUGGCAAAUUAAAAGAAAAUAAUGCAACAAGUCUAUGUAAACCACACGACACUGUUAAAUUCUGCUGUCCCGGGUGUUCAAGUGACUAUCAAUGUUGUAAAGAAACAACCCAACACAAUAAAAAUGAAGAAAAAAACACUGAUGAAGAUUCUGCAAAACUAAAAGAGAAAAAAUUAAGCAGUGGCAUGGAUAAUAUCUGUGUUAACGUUGAUGAUAUAACAAAAAAGCAAUUGUCCUUGUACACAGCUUGUUGUUCUAAAAAUAAAAAAGAAGAAAAUAGACCAUCAGUAGAUAGCACACUAUACAAAAAUGGCCAGAAGUUUAGAUUAGGGAACAAGGCAACAAAUACAUGUAGUGGAUGUUCUAUUUUGCCAGCAAAAAAAGUUAACCGUGGUUGUUCAGCUUUUGACGUUUCACCAAAGACUAAUACUUCAACAAGUAUGUCUCAAAAUGACAUGUUUCCAAAAGAAAACGUACAACCUAUUAAUGAGAAUAAGCCAAAUAAUAAAAUUUUUGAUACUUUAGACUUCACUGAUGGUUUAACACACCUCUUUUUGAAAUACCUUAAUCAAAAUGCAAGGCGAUUGGUUUUUGACAGGAUUAAUCAAGAUAACUCUAUUUCUUCAAUAGAAGACAUAAUGGAAAACAUUCUUAAUUCAGCUUUUGUAGUUAAAACAAAAGUACAAAAAUCUAAAAAACUAAAAAAAGAGAGCAAUGCCUACAAAAGAAAGCGGAAAUUACUUAAAAUAAAAGCGAAAUUAAAACAACAAAAAAGUAGGAACACCAGCAAAGAGAGUACAGAUUUUAAUCAAUCAAUACAAUCAAUCAAACAAAGUAGUGCAGAAUUAAAUAAGGAACACAGAAUUAAAUUAGCCGAAUGCAACUCUCACCAGUCUUCAAACAAUAAAGAGGUGGUCGCUAAGAUUUUGACAAAGAAUGAAUCACCAAAAGAAAAUAAAAGCGAUUUCAUACAAAAUGUUUCCAAGCAACAAGCAUUGUGUGAAACCGAAAUAAUUAAAACUCUUAGUGAAAUGACUAUUAGAUCAAGUAAAAAAACAAUCCAAAGCAACGUCAGCCAGCCGAAUUCUUCAACUAAUAAAUUUUCUAAUAAUCGCAGAAGUCAAAUUAAAUUAAUUACAUCCUUACAACAGCUAUAUGGAAAACAUUUAUCCUCUGAUCAAAAAAAGAGAGAAAAGUCAAAAAUUUCUAGUUCAAAUGAUAAAACAUUAAAGGAAAAAAUAAAAAGAGAAGAUACUGAGCAUGAAGCUGCAAAAUUAGAAAAUACACCUAAACCAGAAACAUCUAAUUUAAAUACCAAUGCAACAAAUCUUUCAGAAAAUAUUAAUAUGUAUUAUUCAUCCCAAAAAGAGUGUUUGUCAAUGGAUCAGAACAGCGUAACUGAUUAUGACAAAAAACAAAUAGAAACUUUCAGUUUCAAUAGUCAAAACGUGAGUAAUAAUGAGAAAUUACCAGACAGAGGACAAAGUGAUUAUAUUAGUGAACAUAUUUUUGGCAGAACUAAACCAAACUAUUUUUUCAACAAUAUUUUAGAUCAUUUAUUAUCAUCAAAUAAGCCAUCACUGAAUGAAUUUAAUAGAGAUGAAUCUAGCGAUAACUGCCAGUUUAGCAUUGCGGAUGGCAAAACUUGUGAUGAAGACAUCCAAUUGUCAAUCCAAAAAUUAGAAUCUUAUGGAGAAACUGCAGACUUAAAGAGUAAAGUAAGUAUAGAAACUGAAAAAGGCGAUAAAGGAAUAUCAAUUGAAAACAACAAAACUCAAACAAACGUCAUCAGCCAUGACAAUGUUCCUGUACACAAUGUUGGCCAUAAGGACUGGCAUAGUCCACAAAUGCCUGGUGCAUUUAAAAAAAAUGAAACACUAACAACUUUUACGGAAAGAAACAUAUGUUCCCAAAGAUACCUGACAGAUACAACAAAGACCUGCCAGGAUGACAUUAGAAAAAUUGACGUAUUGGUUAAAAAACAAAAAACCGAAGGAUUAGAACAUAGGAAAAACAAGCAUGAUGAAAAAAUACAGAUUAAUACCAAUUUUGCUGAGGUAUCAAAUGAAAAUGAUUAUUUUAUAAACAAGACACAUAAUAUUGUGGAUGCUAAGAUUCAAUAUGUCAGAAAUGUUAAUGCUGGGCAUAAAAACUGGUGCAAUAACAUAACUACUAAAAAAAGGGAUGAAGAUUUGGAUCAAAAGCCAGCUGUAGUUACAGAGAAAAAGACACUAAAUAAUAAUGAAUCAAUGGCCCCAACAUUAAGCCAAGAAAAUAUUAAGUCAUCCAAAUCCAUUAUCUCAAAUGAUAAUAAAACUAAAGAAAGUGACACACAAAGUGGUAUCCAGUCAAGCUCAAAACCCCAAAAAUCUUCUCCCACAACGCCUUUCAAUCAUUCAAAAGAAGUGCCAGUUAAUUCUAAAAUUUCUAUUGAAGACAAGUUAACUAUAAAAAUAGACAAUUUGGAAAAAGAUAUUCUCAACAGUAGUUACCUUCAAUUAGGUGCAAAUAGCACACUUGUUAACCCUGGUAAUAACGACAACACACAAACAAGCUCCUACAAGCAAAGCAACACAUUAUCAGAAAACACUUCUCAAAAAAAAGUUACCGAUAGAGAAUCCCCUUUAUCUGAAAAGAGGCAGUUAGACCGACCAUCAGAAUCAUCUUUUCAGAACAGAACAUCUCCUCCUUUGCAAAAUGAUUAUGAUUCAGAAUUAUACCUGACACCUUGGGUUUUAGGUGUCCCAUAUAAUACUGCCAAACCAUAUAAAAAUGAAGAUUUAAAUGAUAAAGAUGCAAUGACAAAUAUAAAUGUAACCAAGUAUCAUGAUAAAAAUAGUAUUCAGAACACAGAUAUCGUCAAUACGGGUGAUUGUACAACUGGAAUGACUGGGUUCACGAAUACUAAUAAAAACGACAUCAAGCAAUCAAACAUUGUACAUGAAACCACAAAAAUAACCGAAAUCAUAUACAAUGACAGAGACAAAACUAAACACACAAACAUUGAAGAAGCAGAUAAACAUGAAAUGGCAAAAAUAAAUGAACUCAAAGAUAAUGAUAAGUUCUCCAAGCAAACAAAUAAUAGCAAUGAAAAAGAUGACUAUGAAAUAUCAACAAUAGGCAAAGUAAAAACUACUAAUAUUGUUACUAAUAACAGUGGUAGUAAUACAGAUAUGCUUAAUAUAACAGAAGUGAACACAAACACUGGCAAAGAUAACACAAAGGAAAAAACAAUUGCCAAUGAUACUGAUGAAUAUAAGACAGCAGGAAUGACUGAAAACAAACUAACAGCUAAAGAAGAAUUUUUAAAUAUUGAUAACGUAUCAGAUAAAAUGGAGUCUAAAUAUCCUAGUACUGAUAAAAUUACAAUACAUUCAACUGACAUAAUGAAUUUUCAUCAAGGUGUUACUGAAAAUGAAAAUUCUACAACUAAAAAUAACAAUUCAACAAGCGAUACAAAUCAAGACCACUUAAAAACCAAUGAAAUAGAGAAUGAUUUGAAAGAAACAAACCAGAGUUACAAUCAUGAAAUUGAUUGUGAAAUUUGCAAUCAGUAUAAGAAUGACCUCAAAUUUACAUUUAAGCACAAUAAAGAUCAGUCUGGAAAAGAUUCAAUUAAAUCACCGGAUAUUCAGCCCUGUAUUCCAGAAGAAAAAUUAAUGCUAAAACAGCCUUCAUCAGUCGGCAGCUAUGAACGGUUAGGAGAUAAAAGUAACCACUUCCUCGAGCAAAUUACAGCUGCUCUAGAAGCAGAAUGUAAAAAACAAGCAGAACAAAACUCUAACAAAUACAAGCACAAAUUCAAAGAAUUUCACUAUAAUAGGAAACGCCAAGAAAAUGACAAACAAGAAAAUGUGUUGCUUAAAACAUUUAAUAAAAACAGACUUAAUCCACACCAAAAUAAAACAAACGACACUUUGAAACAACUAAAUAUUGAUGUUUUGCACAGACAAGAAAACAACACAAUUAUUAAUCAGGUAAUUACUUCAACUAAAAAGACACCUCAAAUAUUCAUAAAAGAAAAUAAAGACUUAGUUGCUUGUGAGCCCAAGUCACAAAUAAAGGAAAAACAAUUAAAAAAUAAAAAUGAUUCCAAAAAUGAACAUCAUUGCAACCAACUUGCAUGCUUGGUUUGUAGUAGAGAAGAAAAUGAGAUUUUAUGUUUUCGGCCUUCAACAAGUAAAGCACCAACCAAACCUGGUCAAGAUUUUUUUGUUUCGUCUAAUCAAUUGAACUCCCUGAAACAAAAUAUGCAAGAUGUCCAAGGUGAAUCAAAGCGUCAAUGUAAGAGUACAAAAUUAGAAAGUGAACUCACUAAUAUGGCUCAAGAUCGAUUUGUUCAUAGUCAUACACCAACAGUAAAAAUUGAAAUAAAAAACAACACAAAAGAACAAUGUAGAACUGAAAACGAUUAUGGUACUUACUACGCUCAACCUAUCGCAAAAUGGCAAGUCACUCCAAGUAUUGAAAGCAUUUUAAAAUGUACUCAAGGGCCAAGCCAGCACAAAUCAAAGAAGAAUGACAAAUUGAAUGGUAUGGAGAAAAAUACAAAAAUUAGAGAUGAGCAAAUUGCAAAAAGAAAAUCUUCAAAAAAGAAAACUGAACAACUUUUAGAUAACAUUAAAUUAGAGAAAAGGAAAAAGAGCCAUAAAAUUUCUAAUGACCAGGACUCUUUUUUUCCUAUAUUUGAGUCAGAAUCAUAUAAAAAUUUUGUAAGUACAAUGGUAGGAAGUGGUCAUCAACCUAAAUCAAAUGAAUUAAAUAUGCCAAAGUUGAGUUCUAAGAAAACUAAAAAUCCAAUUUAUUCUACAAUAACAAAGACCAAGACUCCUUCAUGUUCAUACAGUACUAGUUCAGCCAGCAGAAUUCAGCCAAGAGCAGAAGGAGAUUCAUUUCAACAGACAAGCACUUACGUGACAUUCCCAUGCUUUACAAUAAAUGAUCUAUUUUCAUUUUCAUUGGAUUCGACAGAAAAAAGUCAUUUGUCUAAGACAGCCAUCGACACAUAUUUGAAAUCACUGCAUGAGCUGUCAAGUACACUAGAUGAUCAGUUGAAACUAAUGAAGUUUGCUUUAGACGAAGAAAACCUAAAGCUCAUAAGCCAUUUUCAUGCUAAUUCUUCUUCUGGAUAUAGCAAAGAAAGAUCGCGGCAAUUGUACAUGCAUCUAGUUAGUGUUGACAAAUCUACAAAACAAAGAAAUCAAGAUUGUGUAAGAUCUACUAUAUUUUUAACGGAUGGUGUCUCUUCACCAAGAUUAGCUGAUUUUAGCCAGGCACAAUAUUCAAAAUAUGAUUCCAACUCUCAGAAAAGCAAUUCAAAAUACAAAGUUAGCAAAAGUACUAUGCUUUAUGUCCAAAAAGAGCUGUCUACUUUAAAAUCUCAAAUUGAUCAAACUCCAUAUUUACAUCUCCGUGAAGAGAUCAUUUCAAAUAAAUCACUUACAGACAUUGAGCAUAAAUACCUGAUUAAGUCAAUAGAUGAGCAACUAGAAAAACUCAAGUCUAUUGAGAAAGAGAUAGAUGAUCUUAUUCAUGAGUUGAAGCAUAGUAUAGAGGGCGAUAAAGAUUAUUCGUUAAGUAAUGGACCAGCAGAAAAAAAUAAUUGUUUAAAAGUAGAAAGUAGUAAAAAUGAAAUUACUUUUCAAGAAAGACUUAAACACAUUGAAGAGAUUUUACAAAACGAACUUAUUCGAAUUCAAACAGCCCUCAAAGAGAAUGAAGAACUAACAGAAAGUUCGAGCAAAGAAACUAAGAAUUAUUUAAAGAUAACCACUGGAGCUCGCAAAAGGCACAGAGAGAGAGCAGCAAAAGAUAGAUCAAAUGCAAAAAAAGAGAGUUUCAUUGAAAAAUUUAGACGGCGGUUUUCUGAUAAAACGAAAAAUUCUCUCAAUACAAGAAAAAAGUAAAUACGUAUUAAUGUCCACCAGAUCUAGAAAUGCCCAUUAUGUAUAUCAUAUUCAAUAAAAAAUUAUAUCAACACCUAAUAA